AUGAGCACAGACGCGGAGAUGGAGCAGUAUGGCCCUGCGGCCAUUUACCUCCGAAAACCAGAGAGGGAGAGGAUUGAGGCCCAGACUGCUCCAUUUGAUGCUAAAACAGCCUUCUUUGUGACUGAUCCUGAUGAAAUGUAUGUCAAGGGCAAACUUGUCAGUAAAGAGGGUGGCAAAGCCACGGUUGAGACAGAUGGAGGAAAGUCAGUCACUGUAAAAGAGGACGACAUCCAUCCCAGGAACCCUCCAAAGUUCGAUAAGAUGGAGGACAUGGCCAUGAUGACCCACCUCAACGAGCCAUCUGUGUUGUAUAACCUCAAAGAGCGUUAUGCAUCAUGGAUGAUCUACACCUACUCUGGGUUGUUCUGCGUCGUCGUGAAUCCCUACAAGUGGCUUCCUGUGUACGAUGCUCAGGUUGUGGGAGCAUACAGAGGCAAGAAGAGGAUUGAGGCUCCACCCCACAUCUUCUCCAUCUCUGACAAUGCCUAUCAGUUCAUGCUCACAGAUCGUGAGAACCAGUCUGUCCUGAUUACUGGAGAAUCUGGUGCCGGAAAGACUGUCAACACAAAGCGUGUCAUCCAGUACUUUGCAACAAUUGCAGCUCUUGGAUCUAAGUCUAAGGCUGAGGCACAACCCGGCAAAAUGCAGGGCUCCCUUGAGGACCAGAUCAUUGCAGCCAACCCUCUGCUGGAGGCCUAUGGUAAUGCCAAGACUGUGAGGAAUGACAACUCCUCUCGUUUUGGUAAAUUCAUCAGGAUCCACUUUGGCUCCUCUGGCAAGCUGGCUUCAGCUGAUAUUGAAACAUAUCUGCUGGAGAAGUCCCGUGUCACCUUCCAGUUGUCUGCUGAGAGGAGCUACCAUAUCUUCUAUCAGCUGAUGACUGGCCACAAACCUGAGCUCCUGGAGGCUCUCCUUAUCACCACCAACCCCUAUGACUACCCAAUGAUCAGUCAGGGUGAAAUCACUGUCAAAAGCAUCAAUGACGUGGAGGAGUUCAUUGCAACAGAUACAGCAAUUGACAUCUUGGGCUUCACUGCUGACGAGAAGAUAAACAUUUACAAGCUGACUGGAGCUGUGAUGCAUCAUGGCAACAUGAAAUUCAAGCAGAAGCAGCGUGAGGAGCAGGCUGAACCUGAUGGCACUGAGGUGGCCGAUAAAAUCGCCUACCUCAUGGGCCUGAACUCAGCAGAUAUGCUGAAAGCUCUGUGCUACCCAAGAGUCAAGGUCGGAAACGAGAUGGUGACCAAAGGUCAGACCGUGCCACAGGUCAACAAUUCUGUCAGUGCUCUGUGCAAGUCUGUCUAUGAGAAAAUGUUCUUGUGGAUGGUCAUCCGUAUCAAUGAGAUGCUGGACACAAAGCAGCCAAGACAGUUCUUCAUUGGAGUGUUGGAUAUCGCUGGAUUUGAGAUCUUUGAUUUCAACAGCUUGGAGCAACUCUGCAUCAACUUCACCAAUGAGAAACUGCAACAGUUCUUCAACCACCACAUGUUUGUCCUGGAGCAAGAGGAGUACAAGAAGGAAGGCAUUGAGUGGGAGUUCAUUGACUUUGGUAUGGACUUGGCUGCCUGCAUUGAGCUUAUUGAGAAGCCAAUGGGCAUCUUCUCCAUCCUUGAAGAGGAGUGCAUGUUCCCCAAGGCCUCUGACACAACUUUCAAGAACAAGCUACAUGAUCAGCAUCUUGGCAAGACCAAGGCAUUUGAGAAGCCAAAGCCUGGAAAGGGCAAGGCUGAAGCUCACUUUGCUCUGGUUCACUAUGCUGGUACAGUGGACUACAAUAUCACUGGCUGGCUGGACAAGAACAAGGACCCCCUGAAUGACUCAGUUGUUCAGCUCUACCAGAAAUCUUCAAACAAACUGCUGGCAAUGUUGUAUGCAACUCAUGCUGCAGCUGAUGAGUCUGGUGGCGGUGGCAAGAAGGGUGGUGGAAAGAAGAAGGGUGGUUCCUUCCAGACUGUGUCUGCCCUUUUUAGGGAGAACUUGGGCAAGCUGAUGACCAACUUGAGGAGCACUCACCCCCAUUUUGUCCGCUGCCUGAUUCCUAAUGAAACAAAGACCCCAGGUCUUAUGGAGAACUCCUUGGUCAUCCACCAGCUGCGGUGUAACGGUGUGCUGGAGGGCAUCAGAAUCUGCAGAAAGGGCUUCCCCAGCAGAAUCCUCUACGGUGACUUCAAGCAGAGAUACAAAGUAUUGAAUGCUAGUGUCAUCCCUGAGGGACAGUUUAUUGACAACAAGAAAGCUUCAGAGAAGCUGCUGGGCUCCAUUGAUGUGGACCACACUCAGUACAAGUUUGGACACACAAAAGUGUUCUUCAAAGCUGGUCUGCUGGGUACCCUGGAGGAGAUGAGAGAUGACAAACUGGCUGCAUUGGUGACCAUGACUCAGGCUCUCUGCAGAGGAUAUGUCAUGAGGAAGGAGUUUGUUAAGAUGAUGGAGAGGAGAGAAUCUAUCUUUUCAAUCCAGUACAAUAUUCGUUCAUUCAUGAAUGUGAAGAACUGGCCAUGGCUGAAACUGUACUUCAAGAUCAAGCCUCUUCUGAAGAGUGCUGAGACUGAGAAGGAGCUGCAGCAGAUGAAGGAAAACUAUGACAAGAUGCAAACAGACCUGGCUACUGCUCUGGCCAAGAAGAAGGAACUGGAGGAGAAGAUGGUUUCCCUGCUGCAGGAAAAGAAUGACCUGCAACUGCAAGUGGCAUCUGAAACAGAGAAUCUCUCAGAUGCUGAGGAAAGGUGCGAAGGGCUCAUUAAGAGCAAGAUCCAGCUCGAGGCAAAACUCAAAGAGACAGCUGAGAGACUGGAGGAUGAAGAGGAAAUGAAUGCUGAGCUCACUGCCAAGAAGAGGAAACUGGAGGAUGAAUGCUCCGAGCUAAAGAAAGACAUUGAUGACUUGGAGCUCACCUUGGCUAAAGUGGAGAAGGAGAAACAUGCCACAGAAAACAAGGUGAAAAACCUGACAGAAGAGAUGGCAUCUCAAGAUGAGGCCAUUGCCAAGUUGACUAAGGAGAAGAAAGCCCUCCAAGAGGCCCACCAGCAAACACUUGAUGAUCUCCAGGCAGAGGAAGACAAAGUCAACACUCUGACCAAGGCCAAGACAAAGCUGGAGCAGCAAGUGGACGAUCUCGAGGGAUCUUUGGAGCAAGAGAAGAAGCUCCGCAUGGACCUUGAGAGAGCCAAGAGAAAGCUUGAGGGAGAUCUGAAACUGGCCCAGGAAUCCAUAAUGGAUCUGGAAAAUGACAAGCAACAAUCUGAUGAGAAAAUCAAGAAGAAGGACUUUGAGAUCAGCCAACUCCUCAGCAAAAUUGAGGAUGAACAGACUCUUGGUGCUCAGCUUCAGAAGAAGAUCAAGGAACUCCAGGCUCGCAUUGAGGAGCUGGAGGAGGAGAUUGAGGCUGAGAGGGCUGCUAGGGCUAAGGUGGAGAAGCAGAGGGCUGACCUCUCCAGGGAGCUUGAAGAGAUCAGCGAGAGGCUUGAGGAGGCUGGUGGAGCAACAGCCGCUCAGAUUGAGAUGAACAAGAAGCGUGAGGCUGAGUUCCAGAAGCUGCGUCGUGAUCUUGAAGAGUCCACCCUGCAGCAUGAAGCCACUGCAGCAGCUCUCCGCAAGAAGCAGGCUGACAGUGUUGCAGAGCUGGGAGAGCAGAUUGACAACCUCCAGCGUGUCAAGCAGAAACUGGAGAAGGAAAAGAGCGAGUACAAGAUGGAGAUCGAUGACCUCUCCAGCAACAUGGAGAAUGUUGCUAAAGCAAAGGGCAACUUGGAGAAAAUGUGCAGAACUCUUGAGGACCAGUUGAGUGAGCUCAAAGCCAAAAAUGAUGAGAAUGUUCGCCAGCUGAAUGAUGUCAACGCACAGAGGGCCAGACUGCAGACAGAGAAUGGUGAGUUUGGUCGCCAGAUUGAGGAGAAGGAAGCUCUGAUUUCCCAGCUGACCAGAAGCAAGCAGGCCUUUACUCAGCAGAUUGAGGAGCUGAAGAGGCAUGUUGAGGAGGAAGUGAAGGCCAAGAACGCCCUGGCCCAUGCUGUUCAGUCAGCCCGCCAUGACUGUGAUCUGCUCAGAGAGCAGUUUGAGGAGGAGCAGGAGGCCAAGGCUGAGCUGCAGCGUGGAAUGUCCAAGGCCAACAGCGAGGUGGCUCAGUGGAGAAGCAAAUAUGAGACUGAUGCUAUUCAGCGCACUGAGGAGCUGGAGGAGGCCAACCAGAGGGUGAUUGACUCCAUGCAGAGCACUCUGGAUGCUGAGGUCAGGAGCAGAAAUGAUGCCCUCAGAGUCAAGAAGAAGAUGGAGGGAGACCUGAAUGAGAUGGAGAUUCAGCUGAGCCAUGCCAACAGGCAGGCCGCUGAGGCCCAGAAACAGCUGAGGAAUGUCCAGGGACAGCUCAAGGAUGCCCAACUGCACCUUGACGAAGCUCUCAGAGGACAGGAAGACAUGAAGGAGCAGGUUGCCAUGGUGGAGCGCAGAAAUGGCCUGAUGCUGGCUGAGAUUGAGGAGCUGAGAGUUGCUCUGGAGCAGACAGAGAGAGGCCGCAAAGUGGCUGAGCAGGAGUUGGUUGAUGCCAGUGAGCGUGUUGGACUGCUUCACUCUCAGAACACCAGUCUUCUGAACACCAAGAAGAAGCUGGAGGCUGACCUUGUCCAGGUUCAGGGUGAAGUGGAUGAUUCAGUUCAGGAAGCCAGGAAUGCUGAGGAGAAAGCCAAAAAGGCGAUCACUGAUGCUGCCAUGAUGGCAGAGGAGCUGAAGAAGGAGCAGGACACCAGUGCUCACCUGGAGAGGAUGAAGAAGAACCUGGAGGUCACAGUCAAGGACCUGCAGCACCGUCUGGAUGAGGCUGAGAACCUCGCCAUGAAGGGUGGCAAGAAGCAGCUCCAGAAACUGGAGUCCAGGGUGCGUGAGCUGGAAGCUGAAGUUGAGGCUGAGCAGAGGCGUGGAGCUGAUGCUGUUAAAGGAGUCCGCAAAUAUGAGAGGAGAGUGAAGGAGCUGACCUACCAGACUGAGGAGGACAAGAAGAAUGUGAACAGACUUCAGGACCUGGUGGACAAGCUGCAGCUCAAAGUCAAGGCUUACAAGAGACAGUCUGAGGAGGCUGAGGAGCAGGCCAACACUCACAUGUCCAGGCUCAGGAAGGUUCAACAUGAGCUGGAGGAGGCUCAGGAGCGUGCUGACAUCGCUGAGUCACAGGUCAACAAGCUGAGAGCUAAGAGCCGUGAAGCUGGAAAGGGAGGAGUCAUCAUGAGUACAGACGCGGAGAUGGAGCAGUAUGGCCCUGCGGCCAUUUACCUGCGAAAACCAGAAAAGGAGCGGAUUGAGGCUCAGACUGCUCCAUUUGAUGCCAAAACGGCCUUCUUCGUGGCUGAUCCUGACAACAUGUAUUCCAAGGGUAAACUCGUCAAAAGAGAGGGUGGCAAAGCCACAGUUGAGACACUGGCAUUGGAAGGAAAGGAAUCAAAAACCCUCACCGUAAAAGAGGACGACAUCCAUCCCAUGAACCCUCCAAAGUUCGAUAAGAUGGAGGACAUGGCCAUGAUGACCCACCUCAACGAGCCAUCUGUGUUGUUUAACCUUAAAGAGCGUUUUGCAUCAUGGAUGAUCUACACCUACUCUGGCCUGUUCUGCGUCGUCGUGAACCCGUACAAGUGGCUUCCUGUGUACGAUGCUCAGGUUGUGGGAGCAUACAGAGGCAAAAAGAGGAUUGAGGCUCCACCCCACAUCUUCUCCAUCUCUGACAAUGCCUAUCAGUUCAUGCUCACUGACCGUGAGAACCAGUCUAUCCUUAUCACUGGAGAAUCUGGUGCAGGAAAGACUGUCAACACCAAGCGUGUCAUCCAGUACUUUGCAACAAUUGCAGUGGCUGGAGCUAAGAAGGCAGAUAGUGGCAAAAUACAGGGUUCACUGGAAGAUCAAAUCAUUGCAGCUAACCCUCUGCUGGAGGCCUAUGGUAAUGCCAAGACUGUGAGGAAUGACAACUCCUCUCGUUUUGGUAAAUUCAUCAGAAUCCACUUUGGCUCCAGUGGCAAGCUGGCCUCAGCUGAUAUUGAAACUUAUCUGCUGGAGAAGUCCCGUGUCACCUUCCAGUUGUCUGCUGAGAGGAGCUACCAUAUCUUCUAUCAGCUGAUGACUGGCCACAAGCCUGAGGUUCUGGAGGCUCUUCUGAUCACCACCAACCCCUAUGACUAUCCAAUGAUCAGUCAGGGUGAAAUCACAGUCAAAAGCAUCAAUGAUGUGGAGGAGUUCAUUGCAACAGAUACCGCUAUCGACAUCUUGGGCUUCACUGCUGAGGAGAAGAUUGCCAUUUACAAGCUGACUGGAGCUGUGAUGCAUCAUGGCAACAUGAAAUUCAAGCAGAAGCAGCGCGAGGAGCAGGGUGAACCUGAUGGCACUGAGGUGGCCGAUAAAAUCGCCUACCUCAUGGGCCUGAACUCAGCUGAUAUGCUGAAAGCUCUGUGCUACCCAAGAGUCAAGGUCGGAAACGAGAUGGUGACCAAAGGUCAGACCGUGCCACAGGUCAACAAUGCUGUCAGUGCUCUGUGCAAGUCCGUCUAUGAGAAAAUGUUCUUGUGGAUGGUCGUCCGAAUCAAUGAGAUGCUGGACACAAAGCAGCCAAGACAGUUCUUCAUUGGAGUGUUGGAUAUUGCUGGAUUUGAGAUCUUUGAUUUCAACAGCUUGGAGCAACUCUGCAUCAACUUCACCAAUGAGAAACUGCAACAGUUCUUCAACCACCACAUGUUUGUCCUGGAGCAAGAGGAGUACAAGAAGGAAGGCAUUGAUUGGGAGUUCAUUGACUUCGGUAUGGACUUGGCUGCCUGCAUUGAGCUUAUUGAGAAGCCAAUGGGCAUCUUCUCCAUCCUUGAAGAGGAGUGCAUGUUCCCCAAGGCUACAGACACUUCUUUCAAGAACAAGCUGCAUGAUCAGCAUCUUGGCAAGACCAAGGCCUUUGAGAAGCCAAAGCCUGGAAAGGGCAAGGCUGAAGCUCACUUCUCCCUGGUUCACUAUGCUGGUACAGUGGACUACAAUAUCACUGGCUGGCUGGACAAGAACAAGGACCCCCUGAAUGACUCAGUUGUUCAGCUCUACCAGAAAUCUUCAAACAAACUGCUGGCAAUGUUGUAUGCAACUCAUGCUGCAGCUGAUGAGUCUGGUGGCGGUGGCAAGAAGGGUGGUGGAAAGAAGAAGGGUGGUUCCUUCCAGACUGUGUCUGCCCUUUUUAGGGAGAACUUGGGCAAGCUGAUGACCAACUUGAGGAGCACUCAUCCUCAUUUUGUGCGCUGCUUGAUUCCUAAUGAAUCAAAGACCCCAGGCCUUAUGGAGAACCACUUGGUCAUCCACCAGCUGAGGUGUAACGGCGUGCUGGAGGGCAUCAGAAUCUGCAGAAAGGGCUUCCCCAGCAGAAUCCUCUAUGGUGACUUCAAGCAGAGAUACAAAGUAUUGAAUGCUAGUGUCAUCCCCGAGGGACAGUUCAUUGACAACAAGAAAGCUUCAGAGAAGCUGCUGGGCUCUAUUGAUGUGGACCACACUCAGUACAAGUUUGGACACACAAAGGUGUUCUUCAAAGCUGGUCUGCUGGGUACCCUGGAGGAGAUGAGAGAUGACAAACUGGCUGCGUUGGUGACCAUGACUCAGGCACUCUGCAGAGGUUUCCUCAUGAGGAAAGAGUUUGUUAAGAUGAUGGAGAGGAGAGAUGCAAUCUUCACCAUCCAAUACAACGUCCGAUCAUUUAUGAAUGUGAAGAACUGGCCAUGGAUGCAUCUGUACUUCAAGAUCAAGCCUCUUCUGAAGAGUGCUGAGACUGAGAAGGAGCUGCAGCAGAUGAAGGAAAACUAUGACAAGAUGCAAACAGACCUGGCUACUGCUCUGGCCAAGAAGAAGGAACUGGAGGAGAAGAUGGUUUCCCUGCUGCAGGAAAAGAAUGACCUGCAACUGCAAGUGGCAUCUGAAAGUGAGAAUCUCUCAGAUGCUGAGGAAAGGUGCGAGGGGCUCAUUAAGAGCAAGAUCCAGCUUGAGGCCAAACUCAAAGAGACAACUGAGAGACUGGAGGAUGAAGAGGAAAUGAAUGCUGAGCUGACUGCCAAGAAGAGGAAACUGGAGGAUGAAUGCUCCGAGCUGAAGAAAGACAUUGAUGACUUGGAGCUCACCUUGGCUAAAGUGGAGAAGGAGAAACAUGCCACAGAAAACAAGGUGAAAAACCUGACAGAAGAGAUGGCAUCUCAAGAUGAGGCCAUUGCCAAGUUGACUAAGGAGAAGAAAGCCCUCCAAGAGGCCCACCAGCAAACACUUGAUGAUCUCCAGGCAGAGGAAGACAAAGUCAACACUCUGAGCAAGGCCAAGACAAAGCUGGAGCAGCAAGUGGACGAUCUUGAGGGAUCUUUGGAGCAAGAGAAGAAGCUCCGCAUGGACCUUGAGAGAGCCAAGAGAAAGCUUGAGGGAGAUCUGAAACUGGCCCAGGAAUCCAUAAUGGAUCUGGAAAAUGACAAGCAACAAUCUGAGGAAAAACUAAAGAAGAAGGACUUUGAGACCAGCCAGCUCCUCAGCAAAAUUGAGGAUGAACAGUCUCUUGGUGCUCAGCUUCAGAAGAAGAUCAAAGAACUCCAGGCUCGCAUUGAGGAGCUGGAGGAGGAGAUUGAGGCUGAGAGGGCUGCUAGGGCUAAGGUGGAGAAGCAGAGGGCUGACCUCUCCAGGGAGCUUGAAGAGAUCAGCGAGAGGCUUGAGGAGGCUGGUGGAGCAACAGCCGCUCAGAUUGAGAUGAACAAGAAGCGCGAGGCUGAGUUCCAGAAGCUGCGUCGUGAUCUUGAAGAGUCCACCCUGCAGCAUGAAGCCACUGCAGCAGCUCUCCGCAAGAAGCAGGCUGACAGUGUUGCAGAGCUGGGAGAGCAGAUUGACAACCUCCAGCGUGUCAAGCAGAAGCUGGAGAAGGAAAAGAGCGAGUACAAGAUGGAGAUCGAUGACCUCUCCAGCAACAUGGAGGCUGUUGCUAAAGCAAAGGCCAAUCUGGAGAAAAUGUGCCGAACUCUUGAAGACCAACUAAGUGAAAUCAAGUCCAAAAAUGAUGAGAACGUUCGUCAGCUGAAUGACUUGAGUGCACAGAGGGCCAGACUGCAGACAGAGAAUGGUGAGUUUACGCGCCAGAUUGAGGAGAAAGAAGCUCUCAUUUCCCAGCUGACCAGAGGCAAACAGGCCUUCACUCAGCAGAUUGAAGAGCUUAAGAGACACAUUGAGGAAGAAGUGAAGGCCAAGAACGCCCUGGCCCAUGCCGUUCAAUCAGCCCGUCACGACUGUGAUCUGCUCAGAGAGCAGUUUGAGGAGGAGCAGGAGGCCAAGGCUGAGCUGCAGCGUGGAAUGUCCAAGGCCAACAGCGAGGUGGCUCAGUGGAGAAGCAAAUAUGAGACUGAUGCUAUCCAGCGCACUGAGGAGCUGGAGGAGGCCAAGAAAAAGCUUGCCCAGCGCCUGCAGGAUGCUGAGGAAUCCAUUGAGGCUGUGAACUCCAAGUGUGCUUCUCUGGAGAAGACCAAGCAGAGGCUGCAGGGUGAGGUGGAGGACCUCAUGAUUGAUGUGGAGAGAGCUAAUGCUCUGGCUGCCAACCUUGACAAGAAGCAGAGGAACUUUGAUAAGGUCCUGGCAGAAUGGAAGCAGAAGUAUGAGGAGGGUCAAGCAGAGCUGGAAGGAGCUCAGAAGGAGGCUCGCUCUCUCAGCACUGAACUGUUUAAGAUGAAGAACUCCUAUGAGGAGGCCCUGGAUCAGCUGGAGACCAUGAAGAGAGAGAACAAGAACCUGCAGCAGGAGAUCUCAGAUCUGACUGAACAGAUUGGUGAGACUGGAAAAAGCAUCCAUGAGCUGGAGAAAGCCAAGAAGGCUGUAGAAAGUGAGAAGGUUGAAAUUCAGACAGCUCUGGAGGAAGCAGAGGGCACACUGGAGCACGAGGAGUCCAAGAUUCUUCGUAUUCAGCUUGAGCUCAACCAGGUCAAAGGUGAGAUUGACAGGAAGUUGGCAGAGAAGGAUGAGGAGAUGGAACAGAUUAAGAGGAACAGCCAGAGGGUGAUUGACUCCAUGCAGAGCACUCUGGAUUCUGAGGUCAGGAGCAGAAAUGAUGCCCUCAGAGUCAAGAAGAAGAUGGAGGGAGACCUGAAUGAGAUGGAGAUUCAGCUGAGCCAUGCCAACAGGCAGGCCGCUGAGGCCCAGAAACAGCUGAGGAAUGUCCAGGGACAGCUCAAGGAUGCCCAACUGCAUCUUGACGAUGCUCUCAGAGGACAGGAAGACAUGAGGGAGCAGGUUGCCAUGGUGGAGCGCAGAAACGGCCUGAUGCUGGCUGAGAUUGAGGAGCUGAGAGCUGCUCUGGAGCAGACAGAGAGGGGCCGCAAAGUGGCUGAGCAGGAGUUGGUUGAUGCCAGUGAGCGUGUCGGACUGCUUCACUCUCAGAACACCAGUCUUCUGAACACCAAGAAGAAGCUGGAGUCUGACCUUGUCCAGGUUCAGGGUGAAGUGGAUGAUUCAGUUCAGGAAGCCAGAAAUGCUGAGGAGAAAGCCAAAAAGGCGAUCACUGAUGCUGCCAUGAUGGCGGAGGAGCUGAAGAAGGAGCAGGACACCAGUGCUCACCUGGAGAGGAUGAAGAAGAACCUGGAGGUCACAGUCAAGGACCUGCAGCACCGUCUGGAUGAGGCUGAGAACCUCGCCAUGAAGGGUGGGAAGAAGCAGCUCCAGAAACUGGAGGCCAGGGUGCGUGAGCUGGAAGGUGAGGUUGAGGCUGAGCAGAGGCGUGGAGCUGAUGCUGUUAAAGGAGUCCGCAAAUAUGAGAGGAGAGUAAAGGAGCUGACCUACCAGACUGAGGAGGACAAGAAGAAUGUGACCAGACUUCAGGACCUGGUGGACAAGCUGCAGCUCAAAGUCAAGGCUUACAAGAGACAGUCUGAGGAGGCUGAGGAGCAGGCCAACACUCACAUGUCCAGGCUGAGGAAGGUUCAGCAUGAGCUGGAGGAGGCUCAGGAGCGUGCUGACAUCGCUGAGUCCCAGGUCAACAAGAUGAGAGCCAAGAGCCGUGAAGCUGGAAAGGGAAGUGACUCUGCUGAAUGAGAUACAAGAUCCAGCUGAGGCCUUUAAACACAGCUCAUACAAUAUGAGCCUCUGAGAAUUUUCUUCUGUAUAUCUUCAAUAAAUGUUUAACAUGUC